AGGAGGAGAAGGAGCCGUCGCAGGAUGAAGGAUCGGACUCAGGAGCUGCGGAGUGCGAAAGACAGUGAUGAUGAAGAGGAGGUGGUCCAUGUGGAUCGGGACCACUUCAUGGACGAGUUCUUUGAACAGGUGGAAGAGAUCCGGGGCUGCAUUGAGAAGCUGUCAGAGGAUGUGGAGCAAGUGAAAAAACAGCAUAGUGCCAUCCUGGCCGCCCCCAACCCAGAUGAGAAGACCAAACAGGAGCUGGAGGACCUCACUGCAGACAUCAAGAAGACAGCCAACAAGGUUCGGUCCAAGUUGAAAGCAAUCGAACAAAGCAUUGAACAAGAGGAGGGGCUGAACCGUUCCUCCGCGGACCUGCGCAUCCGCAAGACCCAGCACUCCACACUGUCCCGGAAGUUCGUGGAAGUAAUGACCGAAUAUAACGCGACCCAGUCCAAGUACCGGGACCGCUGCAAGGACCGGAUCCAGCGGCAGCUGGAGAUCACUGGUAGGACCACGACGAACGAAGAACUGGAAGACAUGCUGGAGAGCGGGAAGUUGGCUAUCUUCACGGAUGAUAUCAAAAUGGACUCACAGAUGACAAAGCAGGCACUGAAUGAGAUCGAGACGAGGCACAACGAGAUCAUCAAACUGGAAACCAGCAUCCGAGAGCUGCAUGACAUGUUUGUGGACAUGGCCAUGCUCGUGGAAAGCCAGGGUGAGAUGAUUGACCGCAUCGAGUACAACGUGGAACAUUCCGUGGACUAUGUGGAACGAGCUGUGUCCGACACCAAGAAAGCUGUGAAAUAUCAGAGCAAGGCCCGGAGGAAGAAAAUCAUGAUCAUCAUUUGCUGUGUGGUGCUGGGGGUGGUCUUGGCGUCAUCCAUUGGGGGGACGCUGGGCUUGUAGGCCCCCCCCGCCUGUCUCUCCCAGACCCUUCCCCCACCACAUUGGGAGCAAUCCCCCCCACCCCCCCUUCCCCUCCUGCCCAGCCCCCGGGCCCACCC